AGAAGAAGGAGAAGAAGAAGAAGAAGAAGAAGAAGAAAGAAAAGGAAAAGCCAGAGACGGUGAAGCGGGGGUUGAGGGUGCUCACCUCUAUGACGGGGCUGACCUUGAACUCUCUGAACACCCAGUCAGCGAAGAAGUUGUUCACCUGCCAACUGUGCGGCAAGGUACUAUGCAGCAAAGCAUCCCUGAAACGCCACGUUGCUGACAAACACGCCGAGCGACAGGAGGAGUACAGAUGUGUCAUCUGCGAGCGGGUGUACUGCUCGCGUAAUUCCCUGAUGACCCAUAUAUAUACCUAUCAUAAGAGCAGGCCCGGCGACAUUGACAUUAAGUUCUUUUGAAGGUUUAGAUAAGGUACGGGCAACGGGACGCAUCCAGCACCGACGACGCUUCCCACUGUCGUGUACCGAAUGCCACCACCCACGGCGGGUGGCAUAAACGAGCCUCAGGAAUGUCCGUACUGCCGUCGCAUGUUUUCAUGCUACUACUCCCUCAAACGCCACUACCAAGAUAAACAUGAGCAAUCGGAC